AUGGUUUAUGCAAACACUGAAAAAGAAAUCUUUACUGCUGACACUGUUAAAGUUCCCAAAUCCAUUAUUGAAGAAAUUGGUGUUCGUGAAGAUUUAGUGACCUUGAUACCUCCAUAUACUAUCCAACGUUACGAAAAGAUAAUACCUUUCCGAAACGAAGAAGAAUUUUCAUUAACUGGAGAAAAUGGUGAAAAGGAAAAUUGGUACAUUCUAGAUGGUUUGGAAGGAGGUCAUACAUACGAAGCAAGAAUAUCUUACGUUGCAUCUAAUUUUGAAUCCCAGGAGAAACUCUCAACUACCCAAAAAUUUAUUCGUGUGAGAGCAAUUCAUGAUGGUGUAUCUGUCAUUCCGGGUAGAGAUUCUCAACCAGUAAUAUAUAAUAUUGUUUUGGAAACACUAUUAUUCGGCGUCCCACGUGUGGCAUUCAAACUAAUAUUAGUUCUUGGUGUUAUGAUGGGCUUGAUAUAUUUUAUAUUGGUACCAAUGAUAUACAAAUCUUUACAAAAAGUUAUUGUAGGUGAUGAAAAAGAGCAUGAAGAAUAA